AACAGUGGCAGUGUGGUGACAUCCUCUCAUUCAUUUUCAUACACAGAGCUUAUUUUUCUGCAUUUAAGAUGGCAUGGUAACUGAGGGCAAAGUCUAGUAUAUUUUCACUUUUGGAUACUAUUUUACAAUUUAUAUAUGCAUAUUAUUUACAGAAGGAGUUGAGCCAAAUGACUAACAACGACUAUGAAAACAUCACAUUUGCAUACUCAGCCAUAUCAUAUGGUGCAGAUUUUGAUAUCUGUCUUCAUGAGGAGAACAAGAUAUUUGACCAAAUUUUUUUGCCAACCUUCUAUAGCAUAUUGUUUAUAGCCGGAAUGCUGGGGAAUGGACUGGUCAUGUUAGUGAUGCUGACAAAUAGGCAGAAGAUGCAGAGCACGGAUGUGUUUAUUGUUCAUCUGGCUCUGGCAGAUAUGCUCUUGGUUUCUACUUUACCAUUUUGGGCUGCACAAGCAACUUUUGGUUGGGUCUUUGGAGAGGGCCUAUGUAAAAUAGUUGCAUCCGUUUUCAAGAUCAACUUCUAUGCAGGUACUUUCCUCCUUGUCUGUAUUAGUAUUGACCGAUAUCUCUCUAUCGUGUAUGCUGUCCAGGUCUACAAUAAACACAAGAAGAACCACGUUCACUGGAGUUGCCUCACUGUAUGGUGUUUGUGUAUUAUUAUGUGUAUCCCUGAUGCUAUAUAUUAUUCAGUGUCAUUCGAAUCUCGCAUCAACAUGACUACAUGUGAACCAUUCUACCCUGAGAACCAUUCCAAGUCCUGGAAAGUGGCAACAACAUUUUUGUUCCAAAUCCUUGUCUUCUUGUUGCCUCUAAUUGGCAUGCUGUUCUGCUACACACAUAUUAUAAUAAGACUGCUAAGAUCUCAAAAGUUUAAGAAGGAGAGGGCAAUAAGGCUUAUAAUAGCAGUUGUGGUAGCUUUCUUCUUAUGUUGGACUCCAUAUAACAUUGUAGCUUUUUUAGACAUGUUCACUUUGCUGGAUAUAAUUAAUGAUUGCACUAGCACAAAUAACAUUGAUUUUGCAUUAUCCAUCACAUCCUGCAUUUGUUACUUGCAUUGCUGUCUCAAUCCUAUUCUUUAUGCUUUCAUUGGAGCAAAAUUUAAGAACAACAUGUUCAACCUGAUCUGUAAAACAAGACUAUGUCCGCAAAUUGUGGCCAAGCAUCUCAUGAGAAGGCAAACCAGUACAAAAUCGUCCACUUGGUCUUCUUCUGGAGAUACAACCAUGUCUGGGAUUUACUAGGGACUGCAUUUAUUGUGGCCUCCAAAGUCUGAUUUUGAGCUUAUCAAAAGCCAAAAAAAUUGUUCCAAAACAGCUAAACUAAUUAAAAACAGAGAGGAUCAUAGUCCAACCAUCUAUUCUUUCUGGACUUGAUGUCAACACAAUCUCACUGCUUUCUUGGUCACUGAAGUUGAAUAACUUUGGGUCAAUAUUGUGCUCUUCAGAUAUAUCGUGCUCUUCAUCUGGAGCUACAACCAUGUCUGGGAUUUACUAAGGACUGCAUUUAUGGUGGCCUCCAAAGUCUGUUUUUGAGCUUAUCAAAAUAAUUUAUUUUUUCAAAAACAGUUAAACUAAUUAAAAACAGACAAGACCAUAGUCCAACCAUCUAUUCUUUCUGAACAUGAUGUCAAUACAAUCUCACUGCUUUCUUGGUCACUGAAGUUGAAUAACUUUGGUCAAUAUAGUGCUCUUCAGAUAUAGACACAAAGAAAUACAAUUGGGCACUGGCUUCAACCACCAAAGGCUUCAACAAUAAGCAGCAUGUACACAAAGAGGCAGUUUAAAACCGAAGUUGAAUAAGUUGUUUGAUAACAAGACAGUUCCUAUAGAGAAGGGAGUCCAGUGUAGGUUCUUCCCACAAAGUAGCAUAGAAAACCAACUAAAGCUUUGACCCUUCUCUCCAGCCUCCCCCUAGCAGCUGCAUUAUUUGCCUCUAUAAUAAGUAUGCAAUAUAGUAUUAUAUAAAAAGCCUAUUCUAGUCAUUUUUCAACAGAUGGUAUACAUAAAUUUGAUUAUUACAAGUUGAUUAUUAGAAUUUAAAAAAACAAAAACAACUCACAGCUCUUGAAUGGUAAUGAUUCCUAUUGCGGAGAUCCAGCUGGGAACUUUAAGUGCAAUGCCCCCUGAGAAAAAAACUGUAUGUAAAAUAACUCUCUUCAAGAAAGAAGAAAGCUGUCCUUCUAAUGCUACUUAUGAGUGGCUAUCCUAUAAGUCAAUAUCAAACCCUUUAUGAGCUUUACUACUCAACUCAUUGAUAAACCAGUCAUGUUUCAAUAUUCUAUAAAAAAA